CAUAAUUACAUGAUCACAGCCCCGUGGUGUCGUCUAGGCCAACAUUUGCCACUUUUCCAAUUUGUCUGGUUACUAAAUGAUGUAAAAGUCGCCUUUUAAUAAAUCAGGACGCAGUAAAGGUUGGAGAAAACCCCGCCAGGACACCGUAUUUAGCGCCAACAGGUGGUGUUUGAAAGCCCUCAUAUGAGUAGCGAAAAAAACGACAUUUUUGGCGGGGUCAUUGAACGCUGCAUUAGACAUCACGGGUGUGCGAGACAUUUAAGAGCUGCAGGAAAAAACAGCGCUCUUGCUCGGUCACUGAGCUGCUUUACCCGGCGCUCAGUGACAGCUGUGCGGCGUGUUCCUAAACUAUGCGGGGCCUCCCCGUGUUUCUCAUCCACUGUAGUUAAACUCCGAUCAAAGAAGAAGGAGCGCAGACACCAACUCAUCCCUCAGUCCGGUAAAGUGAUCGCUUAAGUUUGCCUGUUUGAUCACCAGCAGCACUGAGUAACUAUGGACUGUGAGGCCGUUCCUCAACUCUGUACAUGUUACUCAGGGCCACUGAUCGAUGAUCGUGACAGUUUGCGUGUUUAUAAUCAGACACUGACCUCGCGGCCCGUUGUUAGUCAGUGGUGCUGGUGUCAGUCAUUAUGCAGAUGUGCUCUAAGGAGCUUGGAAAGAAAAGCGUCUGGACUUCUUUAAAGAAGUCCUGCCGGUAAAAACAACUUUAAUCAACUUUUCCUUGUACAAAAUAAAUGAUACAAAGUCAAUUAAAAAUACUGACGCUCAUCUUCAAAAUCAUCCACAGUACAGACAUAACUACAUGGUCACAUGUGGCCCUGUGGGCUCAUACGCUACAUGUUUAUAUAAAGAAAAUACCUAUGAUGAUGCACUGAGGCGUUUCUUGUUCUUCCUGUCACCUUCACCCGUAGACUGUCUCCUCUCGCCACAGCAUCAGCGGCGCUCUGGUUCGUCCUCAAAGACACUCACAGAUCUCUGUGCUACACAUUCAAUAAUAUCAUUAAUGUGAAUGUUUUAAUAUUUUUAGUGCAAAAUCUGAUCUGGUCACAGCGCUGAAAAACACCAAAGUGUCCCAGCAUGGAGUCAAAUUCAAAGUCGGAGUUAUUGUUUCAGUCCUCUGCUCUUAUUAAAUGUAACAAAAAUGACAACAUGGUUGUAAAAUCUUAGAGGAACCUUUUUCACCUUUUUGUCAGGUCACAAACAGAGACACCUCUAGAAAAACCUCAGGACAGUCUGGUGUUUAGUUUCUCACAGGAAGGAUUUUGUUGGACUGAUAACGGCUGCAGAGUUUCAGAGGAUGGAAAGUAAAUCUAGAAUCAGGAUCUGUGUCGGCUGCUCAGGAUCCAUCUUAGUGUGUUUGUCUGAUCCUGCAGCUCACAGGAAGUUGCUCCACCUACAACAGGAUAGAUAAACUGUGCAGUGAUAUCUCUGCAGGCAGGACGUAGAUGUGCUAACGGGAGAAAAUGAAUUCUGUUUUUUCCCAGUGUCUUUUUCUAAAAUCUACAUUGUUAAUGAUGAUUGGUUUUAAAAAUCUUCCACUGAGACAAAAGCAGCCAUAAAUGUAGAUCCUCUAUAUGUUGAUCACGUCUCUGUGUCAGUAUGAGACUUUAGUGCAGCCUCUCUGGUUCACUGCAGUCUUUGUCUCUGUUUUUCUGUCAGGUGUUCACAUUGUCCAGGUGAUGGACGGCUGUGAAUGGGAUGAAACAGGUGAAGUGACUGGAUAUCGCCAAUACGGUUAUGAUGGAGAGGACUUCAUAAGCUUUGACCUGAAGAAAGAGACAUGGGUCGCUGCAAAACAACAGGCUGUCAUCAGCAAAAACAAGUGGGACAGUGACAGAGCUUGGAUCGCACAGACAAAGAACUACCUCACCCAGGAUUGUCCUGAGUGGCUGAAGAAGUAUGUGACCUAUGGGAGGAGCUCUCUGAUGAAAACAGAUGUCCCCAAAGUGUCUCUCCUCCAGAAGUCUUCCUCCUCUCCAGUCACCUGCCACGCUACAGGUUUC